AUGAUGAUGAUGUCCCUCAGCAGCAAGCAGGCUUUCAGCCUGCCCCACGGCGCCAGCCUGCACGGCGAGCCCAAGUACUCGUCCCUGCACGCCGCUUCGCCCUGCCCCCCGGCCGGCUCCCCCAGCGGCGGCAGCCCCAGCGGGAGCGGGGGAGCCGGGAGCGGGGGACCCGCCGGGGUCCGCGGGCCGGGAGGAGGAGCGGCGGGAGCGGCGGGAGCGGCGGGAGGAGGAGCGGGAGGAGGCUCCAGCGGCGGCUCGGAGGCGAUGAGACGAGCGUGUCUCCCCACCCCGCCGAGCAACAUCUUCGGCGGGCUGGACGAGAGCCUGCUGGCCCGGGCCGAGGCCCUGGCGGCGGUGGACAUCGUGUCGCCGAGCAAGAGCGGGCACCACCACCACCACCACCCCCCGCCCCACCACAGCCCCUUCAAGCCGGACGCCACCUACCACACGAUGAGCACCAUCCCCUGCAGCAGCAGCAGCUCGGCGGGCCCCUCGUCGUCGUCGGUGCCCAUCGCGCACCCGGCCGCCCUGGGGGCCACUCACCACCACCACCACCACCACCACCACCACCACCACCAGCAGCCUCCCCAGGGGCUGGAGGGCGAGCUGUUGGACCACCUGCCCCCGGGGCUGGCGCUGGGGGCCCUGGCGGGGCCCGACGGGCCCGGGGUGCCCACGCCGGCCCACGGGCCGCCCCUGGGCGGGGUGACCCCCAUGCAGCAGGCGGCCCUGGGCCUGGUGCAGGCCCACGGGCUGCCCUCGCACCUGGGUUGCCUGGGCGACGUGGAGGCCGACCCCCGGGACCUGGAGGCCUUCGCCGAGCGGUUCAAGCAGCGGCGCAUCAAGCUGGGGGUCACCCAGGCCGACGUGGGCUCGGCCCUGGCCAGCCUGAAGAUCCCGGGCGUGGGCUCGCUCAGCCAGAGCACCAUCUGCCGCUUCGAGUCGCUCACCCUCAGCCACAACAACAUGAUCGCCCUCAAGCCCAUCCUGCAGGCCUGGCUGGAGGAGGCGGAGAAGUCGCACCGGGAGAAGCUGGCCAAGCCCGAGCUGUUCGCCGCCGCCGCGGCCGCCGAGAAGAAGCGCAAGCGCACGUCCAUCGCGGCGCCCGAGAAGCGCUCCCUCGAGGCCUACUUCGCCAUCCAGCCCAGGCCCUCCUCCGAGAAGAUCGCCGCCAUCGCCGAGAAGCUCGACCUCAAGAAGAACGUCGUCAGGGUUUGGUUCUGCAACCAGCGGCAGAAGCAGAAGAGGAUGAAGUAUUCCGCCGGCAUUUAG